AAAAAAAUCCCCGGGAUUGGAGCGUUCAGUGGCGGCAUAUUUCACGGUGUAGGAGUCACCUGCGGAGCUGCGCAUGAAGUGGAGCUUCUGUAAGCCUAUGGGAUGGAACAAACGUGCAAUCUGCGAGCAAGAAUGGACGGAGGCCUAAUGGAAGAGCCUGACAGGAUUGAAAAUAUCCGAAGGAAGUUAAGUUGGACUGAUGAUACGUCAUUAAAGAUGCAGAGGAACAGAGCAGAAGAGCACAUUUUUCCCAGUGCCCACUUCUUAACCUCUCAAGAGAUGGACCAUCGUAGGCAGCUUCUUAGGACUGGCUCUGCACCGGGAAUUAAACUGCACAUCUUGCGGGACCAAAUCCUUCAGCAGCAGAUGAACCACCAGGCAGCUCUAAACAAUGGCCUGGACCAUGUAAUAGAAAUCUACCGGCAGGGUGAGAUCACCAGGAAGGUCAGGAAAGUCACUUUUGCUACCCUUCCUCCUCCUUCUACAGGGAUGAAAUCCAAAGAUAGAGGGCGUGAGAGACUACAAAAUGACGGCGAGAAAAAAUCAGAUAACAAGAAAGAUCGAGUGAAAGGACAAGGUAAACAAUCCAUAAGAGUGUCGUCUUGGCGGGAAGGACAAAGGCUGGUGAGACUGCUGCUCGGGCCUCCUCCAAAACACUUCAUCCCGGAGACUGAGAAAGAGGAAAGAGUCCAGGAUUACCCCAGCGGUGCCAUUGUUUUGAAAAAUACUCCGGAGAACAACUGCAUGAAAUUAGAAGCUCAGAUACCUUGUCCUACACCUACCGCCUCUAAACACUGUGGAACAAACGGCAAAGUAACAUCUAAUGGAAAUAAGGAGAAUACAGAGUUGCACCAGCCGCAGGGUCCUCAGAAAGCUCGAAGCUAUAAUGUGGAGGAAGUGCGAGCAUUCAUGGACCGCAGGGAGCAGGAGAGGAAAAAGCAAGCUGUUCAGGACAGGCGUAAAGUCAACUUGGAGAUGGAAACCAAGAAAGAGCGAAUCCUGGAGGUCCUCAAGAAGCAACGUGAGGCCGUUAGUAAGACCAGGCACAGCCCAGGUCAGCACAAGAGGCUGGAUCGAGGAGUGCGUAAGAUGAAGGGACAGCAUUUAACUGGUUUGAUACUUCAUGAUGAAAGUGCAAAAAAAUACAAAGAAGAAAUGAUGUGGAGGGCACAUGGCCUAAUCCCUCCAGACAAGCGGCAUGUUAAUGAUGAACUGAAUGGAUUUGUGUGGAGGAGAAGAGCUGCUGACAAUGUAAUCAGUAGGGACAGUGCAAGUGAUGUUUGCAAUUCCAGUCCAUUGAGAUUAGCAGAUCUGGCCCUACAAGGUAACGUUUCAGAUGGAAGCGUUACCCUGAGCAAAGCCGCGGGAGAUGCUCUACUGAUUAAAGCCGAGAGAGUGCAGGCUCUCCGAGAAGUGGCUGAUGCACUGGCUGCCCGCGUCGAUACUCAGGCUGCCAAGCUGGUUGCCAGAGGAGGGAAAGUGAAGCUGCCAACUGGAGGAGAGCCACGACCUGUGCUGGGUGGUCACAGGCCUCGGAUUGCACUUGAUUUGGAUGACUCUACGUCCAUCAGUGAGGAGCUUCCCUGGAGUGAGGAAGUUGGAGAGAUACGAGCAGACUGUUCAGUGCCUGAAGUUAAGAGGUCAUGGAGUCCAAAAAGAGCAUGGGGAGCCAACAAACUGGAGAUAUCAGGACCGAGUCAUUUAGUAAGUCAACAAAGAGACAAGGAAACAAAACAAGUGGCUGCAUCCUUUGGAUCCAAACACGUAGUCUCUAAAGGAAUAGCAAGUAUUCAUUAUGAACCUCUAAAUGUUAAUGGUGUAAUAUCAGAGGGCGCUGAUGCCAGCUCUACAGAGGAUAACAAUGAAGCCACCAGUGAGUGGAAUGACCUGAGCCCAUUUUUUGGUCAGGGAGACACGCUAAGCCGCCUUUCUGCGGAACUUUCCAAUCAGUCUUUGCGUGACGAAGAACUCCAUGCACGUUACCAUAGUGCCCUCUUUAAACUGAGAGAAGAAGCUUUGAGUGAGAAAACGUCUGCUGAGUUGGCAUGGCUUGAUCAUCAAAAAAACAGGUACUUAGCAAAGGGAGAUGAAACAAAGCUUGCUGAUAUCAUAGAGAAGCAGGAGGAGGUUGUGAAAAAGCUGCGCCUGGAACAGGCCGAAAUCCAGCAUCUCAAGAGUCUGCAUCAGUCUGCUCGACAACAAAGGAAACUUCUACUACAGCACCAGAGGGAGAUUGUGGGAAUCCAGCAGUCCGCUGCCCAGUUACACAAAGAUUUACAAGAAGUCUCUGCUGACCACCUGAAAAGAGAACUGGCAAUCGAUCACUUAAUUGGCAACCUGAAAAAAGACUUGGAAAAGACACAGUUGAACAGUAGAGAGCAGGAAACACUUGGGGAUGACGUUUACUUGAGUCCAUUUCAAGGAGACCCAGAAAACAAGGGUCUGGCUUACAUCAAAUCUUUAGAAGCAAUGCUUUAUGGCGUUCCUGUUGGCUCAGUUGCCGGUGAACAACACAAAAUCCCCAGUAGUGUGAUGGAGUGCUACAAGACCACGGAGGAGAAGUCGCCAGUCAAUACUGGAAAAGUGAAAAAGCGGUUUAAAAAGACCACAGGGUACAGUUUUGGACUUCCUCACUCAAUACUGGACAACCAGCCAAGAAAAAGUGGUGAAUCCGAUGGCAGAACUAUGGAAAAUGAUCCGUAUUCUAUGAAAAUAAUUCAGUCUGAAUUGAGGAAUGGAGACACAGACAACCAGUCUAGUGUGGAAAAGCCCAGAGACAACAAAGAAGCCAGUUGUGAAGAAGUUCAGUACUCUACAGCUGACAGCACAAAGACAGAUGAACAAAGCCCUGAAGAUGAAGCUUUUCGUGCUCAAGAAUCAGAGUGUAAAAACAUCAAGCAUCACCGAGCAGGUUGUGAUGACAACUUGUUUAUUUCUGAAGAUAGUGCUCAGCAUCAGAUGUCCUCUGUUCCUAGUGAGGACUCGCAGAAACUGCAGAAGAACAUGGAGUUGUGUUCCUCACAUCCAGAUAUCCAGACUCUUUCUUCCUCUGCAUCAUCCUUUAAAAUGGGAGUUGUCACUACUGACCUGGAAGACGGUAAAUGUCCUGACGGCAGUCCUUUGCUGCGUGAAGAUCGUAAGGCUUCUGCCACAUCUUCUGAAGGUAUGGAAGUGUUUCCAGUGGAUGACACAGACUCGGACAACACACAGCUUCAGAAUGAAUCUACCUCUGACCCAAACGGACCGUCUUCUGAUGCUUCAAAUGUUACUGGAGGCAGAGAUAAAUGGAUGGCUGACAAAAGGUCUGCGGAUAAUCAUGACUUGGACUGUGUGAACAGAGAGCAUGACCCGGUAGAAGAACGUAGCUCUGAUCAUAAAGAAGACUUGCCUUUUUCCAGUGACCUGCUAAAGCUCCGACUCUCUCCCAUCCCUUCUGAUGAAAACACGGAAUCUUGUCCUUCCCUCUCCGAAUUCCAACAGGUAUCUGCUAUGCAAGUCAUUCUCAGUGAGACCUCGUUGUCAUCCACUGAAAUUGAAGAGGAUAUCCCAUUAGACACAGAUGAUUCUGACUGUGAACGGUUGGAAGAUGCUUAUCAGAACUAUAAGGAACUGGCAUCUGUAAACAUUUCUCCUAAUAUGGAUCAGGUGUUUGCAAUUAGGGAUGAAUAUCAGGAUGUGGACCAUGAAAAGCAUGUCACUGAUGGACUUGACAGAACUGUACCACAUAAUGUGACAAACCACAUGUUUGUACGUACCAGUCAAAUGAACAAUGACUUCGCGGUAAGCAAGAAUAGUGUACUUUCAUCCAUCCAGGAAUCGGUAAAAUGUGAGGAAAAGGGCAUUCUAACAGAUGACGUGAUGAAAGGUCAAGAAAGAAGUCCUGCAAAAGUUAAUAACAUGGGAGUAAGUCAAGAUAACGUACCUCAAUAUGCAGAAAUGAAUUCAGAAUCCAGAAGCUUCAGUAGCUCCCUUGACAUCUCGUAUUCCUGCAAUGAAAGUUUCUCAGAAUGUGAGCAGAAAUCGAAGGAAUUUUCAUGGAGCAGCCAAGAUCUGCCUUCCUCGGUGGAAGACGAGAUCCUGAUAGAAAGUCACAAUGUCAAUCUGGCCUUACUGAAUAACCGCACUGCAGACCAAGAGCAAAGUGUCGAUCCUUUGGCCAUAGUGAAUGAAAUUCUUCCUCCAAACAAAAAUGCUGGAUUAACCCGCCCUGUUGAAACAGAGCUGAAUAUUAAAUCCGAGGAAAGCCUAAUGGGUCCACCUGUGCCUUUCAAUGAAGACCUUCAUACAUCGAUGAACGAGGAGAUGAUUUCAGAUUGUCUUGAUUUACCUCCUCCUCCAGAUGACAUUUUGUAUUCUGACGAAGAAACGUUGAAAUGUAUGGCCGAUGAUCAUUCCGAUAAAAGUUUGGACCUACCAUCCCUUUCAGAAGAUAUGUUCUUUACAGCCAAAGAACGUAUUCACACAAAGGAGAUGAUGAGAAAUAAACCUAAAGGAUGUGAGACCCCACCUGAGACUUUGGAGAAUUCAACAAGCAGGAAAAGAGACACUCCUACUGAAGAAACUCAAGGAAAUGAAAUAAUCGGCCAUGAUGGUUCCAAGAAGGAGAUUCCUUUUGUAACUCUAAAGCCUACUGGAAGUGAUGAUGAAAACUCUGACCCCCUGUCUUCAUUCAGGAUCGGGGACAGGGUUUUGGUUUGCCUCUCUAAACCCGGAGUGCUCAAGUUUAAAGGUCUCACAAAGUUUUCAAGUGGAUACUGGGCAGGAGUAGCUUUAGAUAAGCCAGAAGGUCAUCACAAUGGCACUUUUCAAGGCAUUCAGUACUUUAGUUGUCCUCCCAAAUAUGGGGUCUUGGUCAGAGCAGAAGAUAUAUCACAUCUUUUGGAAGACCGUAAAAAUGAUUCCUACUCCAAUGAUACAGAUGAAGAUCCAUCAUCAGGAGAUGAAGAGCCAAAGAGUUAUGGGUCAUUUGAAAAAGACUUGACAACAGAAAAAUCAACUGAUCGAAAAGAGGAUGGUACAGGAAAAGGAAGCCAGGAGAUGGAUGGGAACAAUUCCAAAUUCUCUAAAGUUUGCCAAAGUGGAUCAUGCAAUCCAUCAAUUCAGGAAUUAAAUAGUAGGAUUCAUAAAGAACCUUCUGGAAUAAUUAAGCAAUGCCUAACUCUGCAAAGGUUUGUCUUGGCGUCUACACUAGCGGAGCCUAAUAUGGAUGUAAAUGAAUUACGAGAUGCCAUGGAUGAAGCCAAAAGAUCAGUCCAGUAUUUGGCAAAUACCUUCUUCAACCAUGUCACCCAGACAGCUAAGAAAAUGUAUGGACCUGAAUUGCAACCAUUUGUGGUGUGUCAAGGGGAAAAAAGAAAAAUGAAUAUCGUUGUGCAUACCGUAAUUGAGGAAUUUCGAAAAAGUAUUUUUGACGACAACUCUCUUCUCCUCAUGGAGUCGAAAUGUAAGCAAUCAGAUGUGGAAAUCAUUCAAAAGCAAGGCAGGUUCUUAGUGUCCGACUUGAAGUCAAUGAGCAGAGUUACAAGAGGAAGAAGAAACUUCUGGGGAUCAGUCAACGGGAUGAUCGGCGAUGUCAUGGAUGAAGUAGUGCAAGAGCGGUGGAAUACGAGGAGACCAUCCCUUAAAAUGGACAUUAAAAACUGCAGAGGAUAUCACGACUACUGUGUUUAGCAGGGGCGUUCAAAGAGAGGGAUGCCUUUUAAUUAGCUAGACCAACAAAGAGCUGAAUUUAACAGUGAAGAUGAUGGAGGCCACCGGAAGACGCUUCUCUUAGCCUGAUGUCUGUGCGCCGCACCAAGAAUGACCACUGAACGCCUAAAGAGGAUUAAAUGAGCUCCUUUAUAAGAAAUUACAUUUUUAAAUUGCUGAAAAUCGAGACGCUUUGAGGUGUAAUCAUUUGAAAAGUCUUUACCCUACUUCACAAUUUCCUGGAAAAAUGAUGAAAUCAAAUAGGGGAGCCCUUGUUGGGGGUCUUGUUGGUGUCUCGGGCAGCGCCACACACACCUCUGAAGUGUAGCGAGUCUGCUAUUUAUUUUCAUUAAGAAGGCAGAACUUUUAUAAUUUAUGGAAUUGUUCUUUAAGUCGUUACCCAGCCUGGCUGCUUUUCUAAAUCUUAACGUUUGUAAAAGAAAAAUGUCCAGACUUUCACACAACCAUUUAAAAUGAAACGUACUGAAUAUCCGCUUCCUAUGGCUUUCUACUUUAGGCUGGUCUUAUAUGCACCAUCUUUAUUAAAUUGUGGCUAAUGUGUUAAAUGUUUUGUAGUUUACAUCAUGCUUGGAGAGAUUUUAAAUUUAAGUGUUAAUUUAAAACGUAUUUAGAUUUGUGAGUAUUUAAACUGGGGCUGUGAUUCCAUGACAGAUAAAGUGUGAAGGCAGCUAAACGUAACCGAAUUAUUAGCCAAUCAUGCUUAGAAGCAAAAGACAAAUUAUGACUUAAAAGCGCUCUGAGAAACAAAAUAUUUAAAAGAUUGACAAAAUUAUAAUUUUACCGCAUAUAAACAACGUGAUUUUUUUUUUUUCUGUUUAUUUGUGUGGAUACAAUUAGACGUGAAGAAUUUCAAGAGACCCUCGUGUUGUCCACAAGAACGACAAGUGACCUGAACAGCAGAGUCGGACAAAAAAAAAAACGUAACCUCGGGUUUUCUUCCCUCGUUCUGUUUCUUAAAGAGACGCCAGUGUCUCCAUGUUUACAGUACUAAACACAACAGGAAGUAUGGAAGCUGGGGAUUUUCCAUGACUUUGAAUGCACGUGUGACGUCUGCAGAACUUCGUCUGUGCCCCACUCUUCCUCAGGCCGCUCACCACAUUGUGACGUGUGGCACUGUCGACUUCUUCAGGGCGUUUUCUGCCAUACAGAUCGGUCGUUCGGUUUGUUCAGUUGCUUUACUUUGCACAAACACCUUCACGUUCACCUUAUUAAUAACGGCGGGUUCGUUUUUAAACUUCCUCCGUCAGUCUAUGGAUUUGCUUCACCUUUAACAAUGACUAAGAGUUCUGCUAAAAGUAACGUAUAGAGAUGUCAUUUAUUUACGGUGUGAUGCUUUUUUGAAUGUUAAAAAUUCCAUAUUUUAAAUACUUGUGAUUAUAUUUAAUAAUAAUAACAUUUGUCUACCAUGCUAUAUUGUGUUUAUAAGCCUAUAUGUAAUCUCUCUACCUUGAUUAAGCUUCAGCUUAAAGACACAUAAAUAUCUGGACCAAAACGUUUGCACUUUGCUUAUGCACUUCCUUGUAAAAACAUUUAUUUUUAAGGUUUUGUUUGUUUCCUUAAAAUAUGUUUUGACUGAUUUUAA